GCAAAAAGCUGUGAGACAUCUCACACUAACCUGAAGCAACAAAAUGGAAAAUCGAGAAAGCAAUACACCUUCAAGUGAACCUGAUGUUAAUAAUGAAGCAAAAGCCAAUAAAACUAUCAGUAAAAUCAAAAAUAAAACACCCCUGACCAUCCCUGAUCCCUCUACAAAUAUCGUUGAUGGUAAGAUGAGAUGUGCAUUUUAUAUCCUGAAGAAGAAAAGAUACUGUAGAUGUGACCCAGCUAAUGGUAUGACUUAUUGUGUAGAACACAGUUACCUACUGAAUGGGAAAGACAUUGAAAGGAAAAGAGUGGCAUGUCCUUUGAAUCCUAAACAUUCUUGCUAUGAAGAUCAACUUGAUAAACAUGUAAGGAAGUGUAAUGCCAGACAGAGCAAUGUUGAGCCAUAUUUUGUGAAAGACAUAAACAGUGGUGAGCUGGAUGGGAGAAAAGUCACUGAAGUGAAAGAAAAGGUGUCUGUCAAUACAAUACCUAUGGAAGAACUGAAAACAUUCAUAACUAAAGUGGAGCAGUUAUAUACAGAGCACUGUCCAUUAAUAGAGGAAGAGGUCUAUUUUCACCCUGUCUUAAAGGAUGAGGCUCAAACCCCACUCUAUGGUGCCCCAGCAUUGAAACACAUAAAACAACAGGCCUCUCUAUUAGGUCAUAUGGAAGAGCUAGGCCUGCUGCAAGAUAACAUACGCUUCAUAGAGUUUGGGUCAGGGAAAGGAGGUCUCUCCCACUGGGCUCAGCUUGCUUUGUCUCACUGUAAGAAUUGCAACUUCACUCUUGUUGAUAGAGGAGCAGUGAGAUACAAGUUGGAUCGUAUGCACCGAGAGGAGAAUCAGGGGCCAAAUUUUGAACGUCUGCGUAUGGAUAUUCAAGACCUUGACCUUUCCAGGGUGCCAUCUAUUGUGCAACAUGCUGGCCCUCUGGUGGCGAUGAGUAAACAUCUCUGUGGGGCUGCAACAGAUCUGAGUAUCAACUGUUUAUCUCGUAUUAGGACAUCACCUUUACAAAAAGAACCCAUCUGCAGUACAGAACAGGAAAAUCAUGACCUCAAUCAGUCAAAUAUAGACAAUGAAAAGAAUGAUCUCAAUUCUGAAGGGCAAGAGAAGACAGGGGACAAGAGGAUGGAUACUUUAGAAAGUUUGGCCAAGAAACCAAAGAUAGAUGGCAGUUGUGGUGUACUGAAUAAAAGUUGGGUGAAAGGAGUUGUCAUAGCUCUUUGCUGUCACCACAGGUGUGAAUGGCAGAGCUAUGUUGGUAAAGACUUUAUGUUGCAACAUGGCAUCAAAGAGAGGGAUUUCAAGAUUCUGACAACUAUGACCAGCUGGCGUACAUGCGGCACUAGAUCCAGCACAACGCAGACAGAGAAACAUAAUGCUGAGCAUUAUAAUCAUGACAGGUAUGGAACUCUAAAACCUGAAGAAAGAGAGGAAAUAGGACGUAAAUGUAAACUGCUCAUAGACAUUGGUAGAAUGAAACAUAUGGAAAAACUGGGUUAUAAUGUCUCUCUAAAGGCAUACACCAGUACAGACAUUUCACUUGAGAACAUUGCACUAAUAGCUAUUCCAAGGAAUACUAGUAAUUCUUGAUGUUCUGCUGCAUGAAUGAAAUUUUAGUUUUGAUUCGAAAGGCAUUUUAAAAUUUUAAUUUUGAAUUGUACCAUUAAGCCGAGCUAAACAUAUAGAUACAAAUAAAAAAUUAUUGAAACACU